AGAGCGAUGAGAAGGACCCGGUCCUGAUCUGAUCCGGAUCAACUGAACCACAACCAGCACGAAAGCGUCCCGAUCCGCAACCGGACCCGGUUCAUCUCUGUCGGACUCAGCCCGCACGGUGCACCCGCUGUGCCUCGGCUCGGUUCGGCUCGGAGCGGUAACAAGUUGAAGGUGAGAAUCAUCUCGUGCUGAACAUCUGGAGGAAGUUGUUGUCAUCAUUUAGCCAGCGCUUCCUGCUGCCCCGUGCAUCAUGGGACUUGCAGUCCGCUCCAUGCUCCUUGUCAGCCUCAUGACAUCAUCGUUGUGUGCUGAACUGGGCGGGGCCAGCCAAGGUGGCGCUGUGCUGUGCCCUCUUCAGUGUGUGUGUGAGACACGGCCCUGGUACACACCACAGUCUGUUUAUCACCAGGCCAGGACGGUGGACUGUAAUGAACUUCACCUGCGGAGAGUACCAGCCAACCUCUCAUCUGACACACAGGUGCUGCUGCUGCAGAGUAACAACAUCUCUUCCAUCACUACUGAACUGCAGAGUCUGACCAACCUGACAGAGCUCGACCUGUCACAGAACCACUUCACACAGGUGAGCUCAAUGGGUCUCUGCACUCUGGGUCGACUGGUGACUUUGUACCUGGAGGAAAAUCGAAUUGAAGAGUUGGUGGACUUCA